AUGGCUUCCUGUCCUGAAACACAGGGGAAAAAAGUGAGACAGAGUUUCCUGAGUGAGAAGAAGGAAGUGACAUCGUGCACCGCCGCCAGGAGCAGGCUGGAGGAUAAACAGAUGCCGCAGCCCGAGGUGGAGUGGAGAUUUCUUUUCUUGUCCGUCGGGACGGAUGAAAGCGUGCAGGACGAGAGCCAAAGCAAUAAAGAGUAUCCUCGCCUGGAGUCGCCUUCACCCAAAGAGACCGAGGACGAAUUGAAUGUGUUUAAUGUAGGGCUCAGGGUUCCAGGGAAACAUACAGUACAGAAAAUUGUCCAGGAGAACAUCCAGGGUAACAUACAGAGUAUUGGACAGGAGAACAUCCAGGGAAACAUCCAGUCUAAUGUCCUGGAGGGUGUACAGAGGAACAUCCAGUUUAAUGUCCAGCAAAAGAUCCAGAGGGACAUCCAGGGAAACAUACAGAGAAUUGUCCAGGAGAACAUCAAGGGGAACAUCCAGAGUAUUGGCCAGGAAAACAUAGAGGGGAACAUCCAGAGUAUUGGCCAGGAGAACAUAAAUGGAAAAAUCCAGAGUAUUGGCCAGGAGAACAUCCAAGGGAACAUCCAUAGUAUUGGCCAGGAGAACAUUCAGGAGAACAUUCAGGAAAACAUACAGAGAAUUGUCCAGGAGAACAUCCAGGGGAACAUUAAGGGAAGCAUCCUGUCUAAUGUCCUGGAGAGUGUCAAGAGGAACAUCCAGAGUAUUGUCCAGGAGAAGAUCCAGAAGAACAUCCAGGGAAUCAUACAGAGAAACGUCCAAAUUGUGUCCAGAAGUAUCGAGAGAGUGAAAAAAAAACACACCUUCAUUUAUGAUUCCCAGGACUUGGGAGUGCAAAAGUAUUCACACCCUUACAUCAAAAUAAAGGCGCCAACACAUGAGUUUGGAUUUAAAGACAUUCCUCAACUAAUACAAAGGCAAUAA